AUUAUUUGACUUCAAACUCACUUCCCUUUUCCCCCCUCGUAAUUUGUACUUUAUUGGUACUUUUUCUGUUCGCUUUUUUCAAUUUUAAUGUUUUAUGUACAAAAAUGAUUCAUGCCAUCACGCACAUGGUCCUCAUUACUCAAUUACGAAUGCGCUGAAACAUCGCAGACAGUACUGUUUUGUUUUUGUUUUUUGUCUAAUUUGGAACAGUUCUGAGCUACGUGUUCCAAAGGGAUUUUGAACUUUCGGAUGAGCUAUCUGGGUUUGUUUUGAGUUACCCGUUUUUGCUACCGAAUUUAUCGCGUUUCACUCUGUUUUCAGCCCAACACAGAACGUGUUGGUUUGGUUGUUCUAAUUCAAGAGUUCUACGGGAUUUUCUCUCUCUCCUUCUGAAAUCAGAAUGAUUGCUUUAUAUAAGCUAUUCUGGGAAGUGCUGAAUCUUGAAGUUGCUCUGUUUUUAGCUUUAUCUCAUUACUUUCAGAAGCCAUGGCAGCUUGUUUUAGCGUUGGGGUGUCGCCGUUUCUUGCUUCAUUUCAACGCAGUAAGAAUUCAUGGCGAGUGCUAGUUAGGAGUGAAGAUGGAGCUGAUUCAGUUUCAGCUGUGGUGAAUGGAGCUUCUCUGGUUGGGGAGAAGGAGGGGAGUUGGUCUUCAUUUGAAAAGGGCAAUGGGUGGUUGAAGUCUGAAGCUUCGGAGAAGAAGAUCAUGAAGAGAGAUAAUGCUGCUGUAAAGUUGGAGCCAUCUUGGGAUGACGGGUAUGGGACUGUGACUGUGAAAGAUUACUUUGAUGCCGCUAAGGAUUUUACUCAGCACUCUGAUGGUGGUCCGCCUCGCUGGUUUUGUCCUCUUGAAUCUGGAUCUCCAUUAAAGGGUUCUCCAGUUCUUCUGUUUUUGCCUGGAACGGAUGGCACUGGAUGUGGCCUCAUCAUGCACCAUAAAGCUCUUGGGAAGGCUUUUGAAGUUCGGUGCCUACAUAUUCCUGUUCAAGAUCGAACACCGUUCGAAGGACUCGUGAAGCUUGUUGAAGUAACUAUCAGGUCAGAGCAUGCUUCUUCCCCAAACAAGCCGAUUUAUAUAGUGGGGGACUCAUUCGGAGGAUGCUUAGCCCUUGCUGUUGCUUCUCGUAAUCCUAAAAUUGACCUUGUUCUGAUUUUAGUGAAUCCAGCUACAGCUUUUUGUAGGUCUCAAUUGCAACCCUUGGUUCCGUUGUUAAAAGCUAUGCCUGAUGUACUGCACGGAACAGUUCUCUAUCUACUUAGCUUUGUUAUGGGUGAACCAGUGAAAAUGGCAACAGUCGAUGUUGAAAGUAAGCUUCCUCCAAUGCAGCAAUUAGAAAAAUUAUCACUCAACCUGGCUGCUUUUCUACCAUAUCUUUCGGAGUUGUCUAGCAUUAUACCGAAGGAUACCCUUCUUUGGAAGCUGAAGCUGCUCAAAUCAGCUGCAGCUUAUGCUAAUUCUCGUCUCCAUGAAGUUACAGCUGAAGUACUUGUGCUUGCUAGUGGCAAGGAUAACAUGGUUCCAAGCAGAGAUGAAGCUGAACGACUUAAGCGAUCAUUACAGAAUUGUACCUCUCGCCAUUUCAAGGAAAAUGGGCACACCUUAUUAUUGGAAGAUGGUAUUGGUUUAAUGACAGUAAUUAAAAGCACUUUCAAGUAUCGUCGAUCAAGAAAGCAUGAUGCUGUUUCGGAUUAUCUUCCGCCCAGUUUAACAGAGUUCAACUUUUUUUUUACUCAAGUGACUGGAUUCUUUGAUUUUCUCACUGGUUCUACAAUGUUCUCAACUUUGGGAGAUGGAACCGUAGUGAAAGGUCUUUCUGGAGUUCCUGACGAAGGUCCUGUGCUGUUAGUCGUCCCUGUCACUGGUAGCAAUCUUUACAAACUGUUAUCAGAAAACUCACAUGUUCUCCUCUAUCCUGGGGGUGCACGUGAGGCUUUUCACCGUAAGGGUGAAGAAUAUAAGUUGUUCUGGCCAGAUCAACAAGAAUUUGUGAGGAUGGCUGCUCGUUUCGGGGCUACAAUUUUACCGUUUGGUGCUGUCGGAGAAGAUGAUCUAGCACAAAUGAUUUUAGAUUAUAAUGACCUGAUUAAAAUUCCCAUGCUUAAUGAUCACAUCAGAGAGACAACUCAGAAUGUUGCAAAACUUAUUCUCUCAUUCUUUUCUGAAAAAAUGGAAUUGGGAAAGCAAAUCGAGGUUAGUUUUUCCUUCAGGAUGUUUUCCAUCAAUAGAGUGUACUCUGAUUUCAGGGGUGUGGAUAAAGGAGAGGUUGCUAAUCAAGAUAUUUUCUUCCCAUUGCUCUUGCCCAAGAUACCUGGUCGGUUUUACUACCUGUUUGGCAAGCCAAUAGUAACGAAGGGGAGAGAGGAAAUCCUGAAGGACAAGAAAAAGGCAACCCAAUUGUAUAAUGAGGUUAAGUCUGAAGUCGAACAUAGUUUAGAAUACUUGAUUAAGAAACGGAAGGAGGAUCCGUAUCGAAGUUUUGUUGACAGGAUGGUGUAUAAAGCUAUUUAUGCCUCUCAACAAGAAGUUCCCACAUUUGAGCCUUGAGAAUUAAUUCUUUUAAGUUGGGUACAACUGGUUCUGUUCAAGAUUGAACCUUUGGAGGUAAUACUUCUAAACAAUUCCAUCCUCGAUAUGCCAAGUUGUGAUCUGGAAGGAAGACUUUAACCGGUACGAAUUUUGUAUGAUCUCCCAUCCCAGCUUGAAGAAGAUGCCUGUACUAUAAACAACUAGAAAUACAAAGAAAAUUCAAAAUCUGAAUAAACCACAGAAGAAAAAGUUACCUAGUAAA